AUGGAGAAUAGUCAUUUAAGUGGUCAAAAAAUUGCUUUCGCUAGUCAAGAUGAAUCUAAUUUGCAAGCUUCAGUCAGUGAUUUUGAUGAAGAAGAGGACAUAAACAACAAUGAGGAUUAUUUUCAGACUGAAGAGGUUGAUGUUUUAGAGGCAAACAAUGAAAAUCAGAAAAAAUCUGAACUUUUUGUUGGAAUGGAUUUCAGUUCUGAUGAGUCUGCAUAUAAAGCUUAUAGAAAGUAUGGAGGCGAUCAUGGUUUCAACAUAAGGAGACAAAGGACUGUGAAAAGAAACAACAAGCUAGUAAGGAUGGUUUAUGUAUGCUCAAAAGAGGGGUUUAGGCAGGAACCUAAGGUCAAUAAACCUCAUUCACUACGAACCAUAAGGUGUGGUUGUAAAGCUCGCAUGUCUUGCUACCUUCAGAUUAACGGAAGAUAUAAGAUUGUCACUUUUGAGCCGAAUCAUAACCAUGAUUUAGUGAGGACACCAAUGAAGCAUUUGUUGAAGAGUAACCGAGCAAUGUCUAUCUCUCAAAAACAACAUGCUAAUGAUGCUGAUAUGUCAGGAAUUUCAGCAAAGGCGACCGUUGAAAUGAUGAGCAGAGAAGUUGGGGGACAAGCGAAUCUGGGUUUUAUGGAUAAAGACCUGCGCAAUUACAUAUACCGUAAGCGAAUGGCAGAAAUGAAAAAGGGAGAUGCUGGAGCGGUUUUGGAGUACUUUCAAAAAAAGAAAGAGGAUACUGCAUCUUUUUUUUACUCAAUUCAACUUGAUGAGGACGAUAUGAUCACCAAUAUCUUCUGGGCAGAUGAUCGGUCAAUUGGUGAUUACAAUCUUUUUGGAGAUGUCGUUUGCUUUGAUACGACUUACAAGACCAAUGAAUAUGAUAGACCGUUUGCUCCAUUUGUCGGGGUCAAUCAUCAUAAGCAAACUAUUGUGUUUGGUGCUGCUCUCUUAUAUGAUGAAACCAUAGAGUCUUUUGAGUGGCUUUUUCAGACUUUUCUUGGAGUAAUGUCUGGAAAACAACCGCAAACAAUUCUUACAGACCAAUGUGCAGCAAUAGCAAAUGCAAUAGGAAAAGUGUUCCCUGAAACAAAAUAUAGAUUAUGUGUUUGGCAUAUUUACCAGAACGCUGCCAAGAGGUUGAGCCGUGUAUUUCAUGGACCGAACCAAUUUGCCACAGACUUUAGAAAAUGUGUAGAUGGCCAUGAGAAGAGUCGAUGGACUACAGCGUUUAAGUUAAUUGACGUCUUUUUUUAA